GCAAUGGGAGGGCGACUGAAGGCGAACUGGCAGCACCCACGCCCGGGGUACUCCGGGAGACCGCAGAGGUCCGCCGAGAAGGCACCCACUUCCGCGAGCGCUCCGGGCCCCGCCCCUUUCGUCGCGGCCGACCAAUUGCCGCCCGAAGGCCGAGCCGCUUCCGUCCACGGCAGGGGAGGGCCGGAAAUGAACGGCAGCUUUUCCCUCCAGCCACCGCCUCGUCCAAGAUGGCGGACCUCCACCGCCAGCUGCAGGAGUACCUGGCGCAGGGGAAAGCGGGCGGCCAGGCGGCCGCGGAGCCGCUGCUCGCCGCGGGGAAGGCGGAGGAGCCCGGAGACGUCCCGACGGGGACGUGGCUGGGCCGCGCGGGCCUACGCUGGACGUGGUCGCGGAGCUCGGCGGAGUCGGCGGCUGCGGGCCCGGCGUGCCUGCCCAGCGUGACGCGCGGGCAGCGGCUGGCGGCGGGCGGCGGGUGCCUGCUGCUGGCGGCACUCUGCUUCGGCCUGGCCGCGCUCUACGCCCCAGUGCUGCUGCUGCGCGCGCGCAAGUUCGCGCUGCUCUGGUCGCUGGGCUCGGCGCUGGCGCUGGCGGGAGGCGCGCUGCUGCGGGGCGGCGCGGCGUGCGGGCGCCUGCUGCGCUGCGAAGAGGCGCCGUCGCGGCCCGCGCUGCUCUACGGGGCCGCGCUGGGCGCCACGCUGUUUGCCGCCUUGAGCCUGCGGAGCACGGUGCUCACGGUGCUGGGCGCAGGCGCGCAGCUGGCCGCGCUGCUGGCUGCGCUGGUCGGGCUGCUGCCCUGGGGCGGCGGCACUGCGUUGCGCCUCGCGCUGGGUCGCCUGGGCCGCGGCGCCGGCCUGUCCAAGGCUCUGCCCGUGUGAGGACCUCGCGCCCGCGCCAGCUGGGAAGGACGCGGAGGCAGCGCCAGCGGAGCCGGGACCCCGCUGCGAAGGCCCUUCCGCGACCGCCUGCGAGUCUAAGCUGGGAGCGGCUGCUGGCACCGGAGGCGAAUGUCAGCGUCUUGUGCUGGACUCGGAACGCGCUCUGGAAAUUUUGUCAUUCAACUGGUGACAGGAUGUGAGACGGUUAUUAAGUUGCUCUCGAAGUAACUGUGGUCUUAGGUUCGGCUGAGUAAAGAAAAAUGGCUUUUCUUCGAAUUAGCUGUUCUUUUCUCAGCCUGUUUUGUUAUUUGAAAAUCCAGUGGUAGAUGUAGGUUGUGACGGUACUUUUUUGUUUUGACUAUACCAAGACUUGGAAGUUACUCUCUCAUGUUUCAGUGUCAGCGAAUCCAGAAGAGGAUCAGAUUAAACACCGAAUUCAGCCACUGGACUUUUAAAAGUACUUAUUUAAGAUGGUUGAUCUUGGGCUUUUUGUUCAGUUAACGAAAUCAUAAAUAUAGUGCCUUAUAACAUGAAGGGAAAAUUAGUUAUCUGUUUGACGACGAAAGCGAUGGACCAAAGAAAUGUCCUGCCCCAAGAAGCCUGGGAUCCAGAAAGGGGCACGGACAGGCUUAGCGGUCUCGGCAGAACUGCUGCAAAUAGGAAGGUAAUUCUACGUCCGGAAUUCCUGUAUCGGGUGGAAACCGUGGAUUUCUACAAGCUCGAAUUACUCCUCACUUUAUGGUCUGCUUUGUACACUAGUUUAUAAUUUGCAGGCUGAUCUUAAGAUGCUUUUCAUAUCUAAUUGCUCUUUCCUUCAUUUUAGGUUCAGCACUUAAACUUUUACCUACCUUAAUUUAUUGCCAGUAAGUCUGAGCCUAACACUCUAGGAAGUAAAAUAUAUUUGGAAUAUAAACAUUCUGUGCCAGUGGUUCUCACGCUUGACUGCUCAUCAGUUACUUGAAGAGCCACACCUCAGGUCAAUGCAGUCAGAAUGUGGGAACUAGGUCCCAGGCAGCAGAACCCCUUUUUUUUUUUCUUCUUUUUGGUGCCGUGGCUCGGAUGUAUCAGAAUCUUUUUAAAGCUCCACAGGUGAUUCUGUGUUCCCCGAGGUUGAGGACCACUACUUUUUCUGUGCACUGGCUUGCACGGUUUGAAAAUAAUGCUUUUACUGAGCUGGAUCCCAGUGUUGCCUUCACAGGGUGUCUGUCAUGCAGCAGUACAGUGCCGCUGCUCCCUCCAACCCCAAAAUGUGUGUUCCUAAGUCAGGUCCCUAAGCCCUGUCCCAAAAAGUGACUCAAGUGGCCAGCAUCCACACUGAGGCUUGCAGAUUACCCACCCUGAGUAAAGAACACUGUCUUGUUCCCCGUCAGUAAACAAGGUUACCUACCUCAAAAGGCUGCUCUGAGAGCAAACGCAGUAUUUUCAGAAUGAUUCAUUUUUUUCAGUUGUAAAGACUUACGCCAUUGGCUGCUCUUUCUAGUCCCCUAAAUUUCUGUUCUAGUUUUAAAUUUCUCUAGAAUUUGCAAUCGUUGGGGGUUUUAUAAUUUUUACAAUGUUUAUUUUGUAAACACUUAAAAAUUUGACAUU